AUGGGAUGGCCGCGCGAAGGCGAGCAGCGCGGGCCGCGGCGAAAGCUCCGGGCGGGACGCGGUGAUGCGAAGGGCGCGGCGCGCAGCGGAGUCGCCAACAUCCAGGGCGGGCCGCGAGCUCCGUGCCGGAAGGCGCCGCCGCCGCCGGGCGGCUUUCACCGCGAGUUGGGAGGGACGGCUGCACUCGGCAUGCACCCCGCUCGGCGCGCUUACGCUGGCUACGACGGCGGGCAGCGCCCCCCGCUGAUAGCGCUGCAGGUGCACCUGCUGGCAACGGGAGAACGCGAGCGUCAAUAG